AUGGAGAUGGUGAGCAACAAGCAGAAGCGGCUGGUGUUGAGAGAUUAUAUGUACGAGAGUGACUUUGAACUGAGAUCAUCUGAGACCAAUUGCAGCCUCCCCUAUGGAUCCAAGGCUGUGCUUCUCAAGAAUCUCUGCCUUGCAUGUGACCCGUUCAUGCGCCUCCGCAUGUCCAAUCAAGUCUCUCAUCCCGGGACCAUUAUCAAGCCGUACUCUCCUGGCUCUGCUAUUGCAUACAAAUUUAUGUCGUUGCCAUUGAAAUUGACUAAGAGCCUGAUGGUAGUACAAUCAUACAAGCUGUUCAACCCAGUGUCAUCAGAAAUGGCCCGGCCAGUACACCAGCAAGGGAGCCUGGUUGCUGGUUCACCGCUUGCUGGAACUCUUUUUGACCAGGAACGGGAGGGGUUGCUUCUUAUGUUGGCUUUUACAGCUUAUGCUCUCCGAAAGCAGGAGAAACUGUAUUUCCCAGAAGGCAUAGACAUCUACUUCGACAAAGUGGGUGGUAAAAUGCUUGAUGAAGUAAUCCUGCACAUGAAACCUCAUGGAAGGAUUGCAGCCUGUGGAAUGAUUCUCAAUACAAUCUUGAAGAGCCGGAAGGCAUACACAGAAGGGAAGCUGGUCUAUGUUGAAGAUAUAGCUGAAGGCCUAGAAAAUGCUUCAUCCGCUCUGAUUGGAGUUUUCCAUGGUCAUAAUGUGGGUAAGAAAGUUGUUCGUGUUGCUUCUGGGUAA